AUAUUAGUUAUGUCACAAGUAAUUAGAGUAUAUAUAGAGCUAAUAUAUUUUGGAAAAUGUUUCUAAUAAUACAUGCAUUGAACAUACCCUAAACCGGCCGGCAUCGCAUUUGACAUUUCACAGAGUUGCCAAUAUAUACGUCUUAAAUAUGUAAACACGUUCUAAUGAGCAAUUAACACAAAACUAAUUCAUUUCUUUGAUCGGUAUUUACUAAAUAUAUGAAUAAAAAUUGGAUAAUAUAUGCUGUCCGCGUUUUAUACACAUUCCUUGCGGAGUAAUCGCAUUUGUUUAUGCAAAACAAAACUUUGGUAUUUACUUUGAUAAAAUAAUAAAAUAAGAGAAAAAUGGAUUCAGAUUUAUAUGAUGAGUUUGGUAAUUAUAUCGGACCGGACUUAGAUAGCGAUGAUGACGAACAAAGCAUUUAUGGACAACAAGACACUCAGGAUGAUCAAGAUGAUGAAGUGAUGGAUGAUGAAGAAGAACAUGUUGACGAUGAAGAUAAAGAGGUAACUGCAGUCGUUCUACAUGAAGAUAAACGUUACUAUCCGACUGCAAUGGAAGUUUACGGACCAGAUGUUGAAACUAUUGUGCAAGAAGAGGAUGCACAACCACUUGAUAAACCUCUCAUUGAACCUAUUAAGAAACUUAAAUUUCAAAUUAAAGAGCAAGAGCUGCCUGAUACUACAUAUGAUAUGGAAUUUAUGGCAGACCUUAUGGAUACUGCACCACUCAUACGAAAUGUUGCUUUAAUAGGUCAUCUGCAUCAUGGUAAAACAACAUUCGUCGAUUGUCUUAUACGCCAAACUCAUCCUCAAUUUGAAAAUACUGAAGAACGCACAUUGCGCUAUACGGAUACUUUAUUCACUGAACAGGAGCGUGGUUGCAGCAUUAAGGCCACGCCUGUGACGUUAGUACUACAAGACGUGAAACAGAAAAGUUUUUUGGUCAAUGUGUUUGAUACUCCUGGUCAUGUCAACUUCUCUGAUGAAGUUACUGCGGCUAUGCGUAUGUGUGACGGUGUGGUAGUGUUUAUUGAUGCAGCAGAGGGAGUCAUGUUAAAUACUGAAAGAUUAUUAAAGCAUGCUGUGCAGGAAAAAAUGGCUAUUACAAUUUGUAUCAAUAAGAUUGAUCGACUAAUACUGGAGUUGAAACUCCCACCUCAGGAUGCUUACUUUAAAUUAAAGCAUAUUGUAGAUGAAGUAAAUUCCUUACUUAGUACGUAUGGCAAUUCUGAAGAUGGCCUUAUCGUUUCACCGGUACUGGGAAAUGUUUGCUUUGCAAGUUCACUUUACGGUUUUUGUUUUACUUUAAAGUCUUUUGCUAAACUUUAUGCAGACACCUACGAAGGAGUUAACUAUAUUGAGUUUGCCAAACGUCUGUGGGGUGACAUGUAUUUCCACAAUAAAUCCCGCAAGUUCACUAAAAAACCCCCACAUAACUCAGCUCAACGUAGUUUUGUUGAAUUCAUACUAGAACCGAUGUACAAACUUAUUGCACAAGUCGUCGGCGAUGUGGACUCCAGUUUAGCGGACACACUAGCUGAACUAAAUGUGCGCAUAACCAAAGAAGAAAUGAAAUCAAAUAUACGUCCUCUGCUGAGGUUAGUGUGUAAUCGAUUCAUCAGUGACUUUAGUGGUUUUGUAGACAUGUGCGUUCAACAUAUUCGCUCACCAUUAGACAACGCUAAACGUAAAGUAGAUCAUAUAUAUACUGGCCCAAAAGAAGGUGAAAUUUAUAAAGACAUGGUGCAGUGCAAUGCAAAUGGUACUUUAAUGGUCCAUAGUGCGAAAAUGUACCCGACUGAUGAUUGUACAUUUUUCCAAGUGAUGGCACGAGUUAUUUCUGGAACUUUACAUGCAGGGCAAGAAGUCAGAGUCCUGGGGGAAAAUUAUACGUUACAAGAUGAAGAGGACUCACGUAUUUUGCAAGUUGGUAGAUUAUGGGUUUAUGAAGCUCGUUACAAGGUUGAACUUAAUCGUGUACCGGCUGGUAACUGGGUGUUAAUAGAAGGCAUAGAUCAGUGUAUUGUGAAGACAUCAAGCAUUGUUGCAGUUAAUGCUCCAGAGGACUUACACAUAUUUAGGCCACUUAAAUUUAACACACAAAGUAUUAUCAAAAUAGCUGUGGAACCUGUUAAUCCUUCAGAGUUACCAAAAAUGUUAGAUGGUUUACGUAAAGUCAAUAAAUCAUAUCCUUUAUUAUCCACACGUGUAGAAGAAUCAGGUGAACAUGUCAUUUUGGGCACUGGCGAACUUUAUUUGGAUUGUGUCAUGCACGAUUUAAGAAAAAUGUAUUCCGAGAUCGAUAUCAAAGUGGCUGAUCCAGUAGUUGCGUUUUGUGAAACAGUGGUUGAAACAAGUUCGUUGAAAUGUUUUGCAGAAACACCCAAUAAAAGAAAUAAAAUCACUAUGAUAUCUGAACCUCUGGAAAAAGGUUUAGCCGAGGAUAUUGAAAAUGAGGUGGUUUCUAUAAACUGGAAUAAAAAACGCAUAGGUGAAUUUUUUCAAGUCAAUUACGAUUGGGAUUUAUUGGCAGCGCGUUCUAUUUGGGCAUUUGGUCCCGAUUCGAAUGGUCCAAAUAUUUUAGUAGACGACACACUUCCAUCAGAAGUUGAUAAAAAUUUAUUGACAUCUGUCAAAGAUUCAAUUGUACAAGGUUUUCAGUGGGGCACACGUGAAGGUCCAUUAUGUGAAGAACCAAUACGUAAUGUCAAAUUUAAAAUUUUGGAUGCUGUUAUAGCUAACGAAGCACUUCAUCGUGGUGGUGGUCAAGUUAUUCCCACUGCACGUCGUGUCGCAUACUCAGCUUUUCUUAUGGCAACACCAAGACUAAUGGAACCUUACCUCUUUGUAGAAGUGCAAGCACCAGCUGAUUGUGUAUCCGCAGUUUACACAGUAUUGGCCAGAAGAAGAGGUCACGUAACACAAGAUGCGCCUGUUUCUGGUUCACCAUUAUAUACCAUUAAAGCUUUUAUACCAGCAAUAGAUUCAUUUGGUUUCGAAACCGAUUUACGUACACAUACACAAGGUCAAGCAUUUUGCUUAUCCGUAUUUCAUCAUUGGCAAAUCGUACCAGGCGAUCCUUUGGAUAAAUCAAUUAUUAUACGUCCAUUAGAGCCACAACAGGCGUCACAUUUGGCUAGAGAAUUCAUGAUUAAAACGAGGCGACGCAAGGGGCUUUCAGAAGAUGUGUCUAUUAAUAAAUUCUUCGAUGAUCCUAUGUUGCUUGAACUUGCACGUCAAGAUGUGUUACUCAAUUAUCCUCUAUAA